UAAAAUGAAAUUCUCCACAAUUUUUUUCAUCGUUUUAUUGGCAGUUGCUGCAAUUGUAGUGUCAGGAGCACCAAGCCAUGGACAGGGACAUGAAGAGCAUGGAAACGGAAAGGGUGUAGGCCACUACAAUGAAAAACACUUUGAAAAACACCACACAGGCGAACACGAUCAUGAAGGAGGUACUCAUAGCAAUGGACAGGGACAUGAAGAGCAUGGAAACGGAAAGGGCUUAGGCCACUACAAAGAAAAGCACUUUGAAAAACACCACACUUAA